AUGAAGACCCCUACCUCUACUACCCCUGCACCUCUACUUUGCUCUGUUUUCAUUCUCAUCGUCGCAUUAUCGUCUUCUUCUUCAGAUGACCUCUGCACCCCUUUCUCAUGCAACGAAUUCUUGGGUCCGGAAAUCAAGUUUCCUUUCCGGGUCACCGGCAAACAACCGGAGAGGUGCGGCUACCCGGGGUUUAAUCUCUCCUGCAACGACUUUGGGGAAACAGUUAUCACCCUCCCGGAAACUCCGGGCAGUUUCGUGGUGAACGAUAUAGAUUAUGCCUCCCAAAUUAUUCGCAUCUCCGACCCCGACAACUGCCUUUCCCAAAGAAUCCUAAACCUUUCUCUGGCCGGCAGUCCGUUCCGGGAUCCCGACGAUAUGCGUUACACAAUUCUGAGUUGUCUAAUUCCUUUGCCCAUGCUGGUGGUGGCUUGCGUGGGGAAUAUGAGCAAGAGUGUGACUGCCGUGCCGGAUUUUGCGGAGGCGCCGAUGGAGUGCGUAGUUGCGAAGAAUGUUAGCAUACCGAGGAUUGUGGAGAGGGAUGAAAUCUGGAGGGAAGGGGUUGUUACUCGGCUGGAGUUGCGGUGGGAGAAACCCGAUUGCCGGGAUUGUGGAAGGCUAAAUAAGGUCUGCGGCUUCAGCACCGAUCAGGGUUUGGAAAUUGGUUGCUCUGAUCCUCCGACGAAUCCUUCCAAAGGGAUUCCAAGGAGUGCGGAGUAUGGGAUUAUUGUGGGUGCAGCAAUACCUAGCCUUCUCUGCAUAAUCGGACUACUAUUUUGCGGUUGCCGGAAAAUCAAGAACUUCACCCUAAUAAACUCCCAUAACAGCAGCCAGGUAAUAUCCGAGCUUCCCAUCAUCACCAUCAUGGAACUGCCGCCAAUGCCCACCGCCGGCGCCGGACUGGAUGUACUAACAAUCCAAUCCUACCCAAAGAUGAUUCUGGGCGAGAGCUGGGAACUUCCGAAGCCAAAUGGAAAUACUUGUCCAAUAUGCUUGUCGGAGUACCAGGCGGAAGAGAUCCUGAGGAGUAUACCGGAUUGCAACCAUUAUUUCCACGCUAAUUGCAUCGAUGAGUGGCUUGGGCUGAAUGCCACUUGCCCCUUGUGCCGGAAAUCGCCGGAGAGUUUGGGGACUGAAUCAUCACACUUAUCUUCUUCACUGUCGCUAUCAUCAUCAACUUAUUCGCCAACAUCGUCGGCUUCAUGAGUUCUUAGAUUGUUAGGGGUCGUGAAUAUGAUUAAUACAAAUAUAUAUGUGCAUGUAGUAUAUAUAUGAUGAAGAAUUCUUAUAUUUAUAUAAGUCUCACAAGUCACACCUUUAUAUUAUUGAUACAAGAUUACAAGUGUCGAGCCUUUGAACACAUUACAA